AUGUCGACAGUAGAAGCGCAGGCUGAUAAUCAGCCCAAGAGUGCCAGCGAUGAUCCUCUUGUCUGGAUCGACUGCGAGAUGACUGGUCUUGACCAGGACAACGAUGAGAUCAUCGAGAUAUACUGCAUCAUCACCACAGGAAAUCUCGAGAUCCUCGAUGAGGAUGGCUUCCACGCUAUCAUUCAUUUCCCUCAGUCUCGCCUCGAUCAGAUGGACGAUUGGUGCACGAAGACACACGCGGAUUCUGGCCUCACCGCCGCAGUGCUCGAGUCUACAACUACGCCAGAGCAGGCCGCAGAUGCCCUCUACGAGUACAUCACACGUUUCAUCCCAGAGCGCAAGCGCGGUCUCCUGGCGGGCAAUAGUGUGCACUGUGACCGGGCGUUUCUGCGACGUGAGCCUUACAAGCGUGUUAUGAGACAUCUCCAUCAUAGGAUUCUGGAUGUGAGCUCUAUCAAAGAAGCUGCGAGACGCUGGGCGGCCAAGAGGAUCGUAAACAAGGUCCCCAACAAGAAGGGACUGCACAAGGCGAGGGAUGACAUCUUGGAGAGCAUUGAGGAGGCGAGAUAUUACAGGGAGGUGAUCUUCAGGCCGACGUUUGAUGUUGUGCCUGUUAAGAACAAGCCCAACAAGGGGAAAUAA